AUGGAGACAUAUAAUGUUACUGCUAAAUCAGACACUAACCCAAAUGAGAAAAGUGCCACCAUAACUGCAGCCCGAGAGAUUGGCAUUCUCUGGUAUCUCAGUCAGGUUUCUGCUGAAUAUGGAUUCCCAGGUCUGAGGGACGAGCUUGCAACCGUGGCAUACCUGAGUAAGGAAAUUGAUGCAGUGGCAAAGAGUUGGCCUCAUUGUUUACAGGUAGUGGUGGCAGUAGCAGUCUUAGUAUCUGAAGCAGUUAAAAUAAUACAGGGAAGAGAUCUUACUGUGUGGACAUCUCAUGAUGUGAACGGCAUACUCACUGCUAAAGGAGACUUGUGGCUGUCAGACAACCAUUUACUUAAAUAUCAGGCUCUAUUACUUGAAAGGCCAGUGCUGCAAAUGUGCACUUGUGCAACUCUUAACCCAGCCACAUUUCUUCCAGACAAUGAAGAAAAGAUAGAACAUAACUAUCAACAAGUAAUUGCUCAAACCUACACCACUCGAGGGGACCUUCUAGAGGUUCCCUUGACUGAUCCCGACCUCAACUUGUAUACUGAUGGAAGUUCCUUUGUAGAAAAAGGACUUCGAAAAGCAGGGUAUACAGUGGUCAGUGAUAAUGGAAUACUUGAAAAAUCAAAGCUGGAAUUGUUGGAAAUUGUUCUUCAAAUGGAGCCCCAGAUGCAGUCCAUGACUAAGAUCUACCACAGACCCCUGGACCAGCCUGCUAGCCCAUGCUCCAAUGUUAAUGUCAUCGAAGGCACCCCUCCCAAGGAAAUCUCAAUUGCACAACCCCUAUUACACCCCAACUCAGCAAGAAGCAGUUAG